GGCUAAUAAACCAUCACUGUUUACGAAAUAGUCCAAAACCAUGAGAGGCCACAACUUCGUCGAAGCCCAUUAUCAUCCUUUCAAUGGCUAAAGCCACCACCACUCUGUUUGCUAUCUCCUCUGUUUCGACUCAUUUCUCUCUUCUCCGUCGUUCUAAAUCUCUUAAACCAUCAGCUCCAAGCGCAAGACUCGCCGUGCCAAUGGCUAUGGCCGCCUCUGCUAAAAAGGUGGCUCCUGCUGUGAUCGUGGGUGGGGGAAGAGUCGGAAGGGCGUUGCAGGAAAUGGGUAGUGGCGGUGAUUUGUUGGUGAAGAGAGGAGAAGCAGUCCCGGUUGAUUUCGAAGGACCCAUUUUGGUUUGUACUAGAAAUGAUGAUCUCGAUGCUGUUCUUGAUGCUACUCCUCAGUCUAGAUGGAAAGAUUUGGUGUUCUUCCAAAAUGGAAUGAUGGAGCCGUGGUUUGAGAGCAAAGGUUUGGGUGAUGCAGACCAAGUGUUGGCUUAUUUUGCUGUUUCGAAGAUUGGUGAGCCUCCUGUGGAUGGAAUAACUGAUACUAACCCAGAAGGGUUAACCGCUGCUUAUGGCAAAUGGGCUUCGGAUGUAGCUGCAAGACUUCAAUCUGGUGGCCUCUCUUGCAAGGUACUUGAGAAAGAAGCUUUUGAGAAGCAAAUGUUGGAGAAACUCAUUUGGAUUUGUGCGUUUAUGCUUGUUGGAGCUCGUCAUCCAGGUGCAAGUGUUGGCAUUGUGGAGAAAGAAUACAGAGACGAAGUGUCGAGACUCAUCCAAGAACUCGCAGCAGCUGCUGCUGCAGAAAAGGGACUAACGUUUGAAGACAACUUGGUGGAGAGACUAUGUGCUUAUUCUCGCGCUGUUGCUCAUUUCCCAACCGCUGUUAAAGAAUUUAAAUGGAGGAAUGGUUGGUUUUAUUCGCUCUCUGAGAAGGCGAUUGCAGAAGGGAAACCUGAUCCGUGUCAACUCCACACCCAGUGGCUGAGAGAGCUAAAAGUGAUAUAGAGCCUUGACGGUACGUGACACUUUAGUAGAUAGUCGCAGAUCAUUGAUCUGAAACUUGUUUGAGCUUUGUACACGUAUGAGAAGCCAAAUAACGGUAAAACGUUUGACAUUUUGUUAAAAAAGCCCAGACUUUUAUUCGUGAAAAGUAUGCGUAUCCAACGAUCAAA